AUGGCAAGCCGAAGUAGAUCCGGGACAGGCUCGGGCGUUACGCUAGAGAAGCUAGAUGAGGUGAAGACUUACCAGGAUAGACAUCCUUACGCAGAUCCAGGCAACCAUUCGAGUGAGCAUUUCAAGCAGCGGAUGAGUCCAAUGCGCUUCAAAAUGCGGUCCAAGCUCACCAAAUACACUGACAACCAGUCAACCACGCUGUACAAAUGGCAAAGAAAGUUUCGCGGCCCAUUGAUGGAUAAGUACUUUGCAUACACCUCGUUAAUGGGCUCUCAUAUGUUUUACGUUGUAAUGGUUCCUAUGCCGCGGUGGUUGGGGUACAGCAAUGUGUGUCGAGAUCUGGUGUACAUUUUAGGAUACUCAAUCUAUCUCAGUGGGUUUUUGAAGGAUUACUGGUGCUUGCCCAGACCGAAAUCUCCACCGCUAACUCGUGUAACGCUGAGCGGAUACACCACUCAAGAAUAUGGAGCCCCAAGCUCACACACUGCAAAUGCCACCGGUGUAACGUUGCUUUUUCUGUGGUAUAUUUACGAAUCCGACGCAAUGUCCUUGCCCUGGAAGCUAGCAGCUACCUUGGGUGCAUUUUUCUAUUACUUCACUCUCACGCUGGGCAGAAUUUACUGUGGAAUGCACGGGCUGCUUGACGUAUUUUCUGGUGCACUGAUUGGCGUACUAUGUUUUGUUGGCAGAUGGGCAGCUCUUACAUUUACCAAUUUUGAUGCGGCAAGCAUGCAAGAAUGGGGCAUCUGGUUCCCUGUCGCUUCGAUGGGUUUGGGCCUGACGCUUCUGUUCAAACAUGCUCGACCUGUGGAUCACUGUCCCUGUUUUGACGAUAGCGUAGCUUUCGUUGGUGUGAUAUGCGGGCUGGAAAGCAGCGACUGGCUAAGCUGGACCUUAUUUGGGAAGCCCAACUACAGAGUCUACUACGACUGGAGCGAAUUUGGGAUAUUUUUAACACUGAGAAGAAUUCUAGUCGGAGUAUCGCUCGUUCUAAUUUGGAAAAGCGUGGUGGGAAAGAAAUUGAUCUGCACAGCUCUAGGCUUGGUAUGGGAUGAUGACAGACAUUUAUAUGCCCACAAUCACGGCAAAAUCUCUCAUAAAAUGGAGGUCGCGCUCUUCUCUGGACGUUCAAGAACAGAGCUGCUGUGCAGGUUCUUUCUCUACGCAGGCGUUGCUGCUGUGGUUGUUCUCGUAUGCCCUAGCACAUUCCGCUUCUUGGGAGUGUGA